AUGCUACGUAAAUUGACACAAUAAUAGUUACAUUCCUCAAUCUCAAAUUCCACUCAUUUCCACAUCAGCCUCGUCCUCCUCCUUACCACCAUCCCACGCCUGCGUACGAGGAAGCGGAUAAGGACUCUUGGGGCACUUCCUCACCACCACCACCACUCCCCCUCCUCCCAGCAUCCGGUAUCACAAACUCAACCCUCUUCCCACUCCCCCUCACCUCCCUCGGAUUCCUCAGAAUCGGAACCAGAUUCCCCACCCACCUCUUCGGCGUCCUAGGGGUCCGCGGACUCUUCAAAGCCCGCGGGGAUUUAGGACUCUUCUUCGGCGUCGACGGUGUUCGUGGGGAAGGCGCAGAAGACCUGGCGUCUCGCGCGUGGGACGUGUCUUUCAAGUUUUUUGGUCUGCGCUUUGGGCGAGGUGGUGGUGGUGGUGCAGCUCGUGCAGGGAUGUGGAAUCGGAAGUCUUUUGGUGAUUUGGGCGAGCACUUUGCGUGUUUGGAUGGAGAAGGGGGGGAGGAGGGUGUGGUGAUGCCGGUUGGGGAGGUGAUGCUGGUGAGGUUUUGCGCUUGCGCUGUUUCGGAGUAA